AGGCAGAAAAUCGCUACCGCCAAGGCUCCGUGUCUUGUCUAUCUAAUCUUCUUCAUAGCUUCCUCGACCUCAUGUUUGUAUUUGUCUUCAGCUGUGUUAAAACCAUGAAAUUCCCCAAAAUGCCCCUUCCUCGCCGAGGUCUUAGCUAUUGCUGUAUUCAUUGUUCUUGAGAAAACUAGGGUUUUUAUUUUUUUUUUGGUCUGACGUUGCAUGCAGUUUUGUUGGUUCGGUGUGGUGCGGCUCUUCUUAGGGUUCGAAAGUUAGUCUGUAUUCAAAUUGUAUUCCAAUUCGGGAUUGUAGAUUUCGUCAAAUAUUUCCUUGUUCUAGAAAUUUUCUUCGACGGCUUUCUGUUGAUUUCCGAUCAAAUAGUAAGUUUGAGUUGGAAUUUGGCGUCUGGUGAUGGAAAUGUGUAGUGGGUAUCGAUUGUUUGUGGUGGGAUUGUGGUGUGAAGAAGAAGAUAAGUUGAAUUGAACCCAUCUGUUAUAUGGGUUCUAGAGUAUAGCUAGUGGUUCGAGACGUUGGUCGAUUCUGACUUUGCGAAGUUAAAUUCAUUGACUUGAUACUUGGGGCGGGUGAAGUGGAGCAUCCGUUGUGGAGUCUCUCAUCUGAUUCGAGGGUUGCUCACCAAUGGUGAAGCACCAUUGCUGACAUCAUCAAAAGCUUGAACCUCUAACUUUCAAGAUUUAUCUUGAAAGUACCUUUCGACUUCAACAAAGAUCAGAGAUUCACAUUGCAAAACUUGGAUAAGAGCCUUGAAGGAUCAAUUAAGGAGAACAAAGGAGUGUUGCGUCAACGUGGAAGAUAGGUACUUCUACAGGAAGGAUGAAGAGUAUCAAGGAUUGGGUUUUCUCUCAAAUAAUAUCCAAGUCAUUGGUCUCCUCAAGACCAUUGCCUGGAAGUACGGGUUUUUUUGCUGAGGAAUCUCUUGAUGAAGAAUUUGGUGAUAGAGGGUCUGAUCACACUACCAAUUUGGUAGCACCACCUGCACCUGCUAAUACAUCUCACCAUUCUAAUAGCAAUCAGGAAAAUCAACUUCAUUCCUCCCCACAGCCAGUUCCUGGUGAAGGUUCUUAUCUGUCUCAUCACGGUACUGAUGGAAAAAGGAUGGAUCCAUUGUCAAAGGUUGAGGAUCUGCAAGUCAAGUUCUUGCGUCUUCUCCGACGGAUUGGCCAGUCACAAGAUAAUCUAGUGGUGGCAAAGGUCUUAUAUCGGUUACAAUUAGCAACUUUGAUAGGAGCUGGGGAAUCAGAUCUGAAAAGAGCUAAUCUUAGAAGUGGUAAAGCUAGAGCAAUUGCAGAAGAACAAGAGGCAGCUGGCUUACCUGAAUUGGAUUUCUCAUUUAGAAUACUUGUCCUGGGGAAAACAGGUGUUGGAAAGAGUGCAACCAUAAAUUCUAUUUUUGAUCAAGCAAAGGCUGUGACUAAUGCAUUUCAGCCUGCCACUGACCGCAUCAGAGAGGUUGUCGGAACUGUGAAUGGAAUUAAAAUAACUUUCAUUGAUACCCCAGGUCUGUUGCCCUCCAAUACAAGUAAUGUGAGAAGGAAUAGGAAAAUUCUGCUAUCUGUGAAGAGAUUCAUAAGAAAAUUCCCUCCAGACAUUGUUUUAUAUUUUGAACGCCUUGACCUCAUAAACAUGGGCUAUAGUGACUUCCCCCUUUUGAAGCUUAUUACAGAAGUGUUUGGUCCUGCUAUUUGGUUCAGCACUAUCCUAGUCAUGACACACUGCUCCUCAGAUCUUCCUGAAGGUCCAAAUGGUUUCCCUGUCAACUAUGAAUCUUAUGUGACUCAGUGCACAGAUCUGGUACAACACUAUGUACAGCAGGCUGUGUCUGACACAAGGUUGGAAAACCCUGUGCUCUUGGUGGAGAAUCAUCCCUAUUGUAGAACUAAUGUCAUGGGGAAGAAAAUUCUUCCAAAUGGACAGGUUUGGAUAUCUCAGUUUUUGUUAUUGUGCCUAUGUACCAAAGUUCUAAAUGAUGCUAAUGCUCUCUUGAGAUUUCAACACAGCAUUCAACUUGGGCCAUCGAGUAAUACUCGGCUCCCUUCUCUGCCCCAUCUUCUCUCAUCUUUUCUACGACAUCGCUCCACAUUGGAUCCAAGCGAAACAGACAAUGAAAUUGAUGAGAUUCUAUUUUUGGAGGAAGAGGAAGUGGAUGAGUAUGAUCAGUUACCUCCAAUACGAAUUCUGACAAAAUCUCAAUUUGAGAGAUUGACUAGCUCUCAGAAGAAGGACUAUCUCGAUGAGCUAGACUAUAGGGAGACCCUUUAUUUGAAGAAACAGGUGAAAGAGGAGGCCCAGAGGCGAAGGGAAAGCAAACUUUCCAGAGAGGUAAGUUUGGCCGACAGCGAUAAUCCUGAUAACAAAGAGGUAUAUCCAGAAGCGGUUAUGCUACCAGAUAUGGCAGUCCCUCUGAGUUUUGACUCGGAUUGCCCUGCACACAGGUAUCGUUGCCUUGUUAUGAGUGACCAGUGGCUGGUAAGACCUGUUCUUGAUCCACAUGGAUGGGAUCAUGAUGUGGGCUUUGAUGGAAUAAACUUGGAGACAACUAUGGACUUGAAAGGGAACCUCAUCGCCUCAGUCACAGGACAAAUGAGCAAGGACAAACAGGAUUUCAGUAUUCAAUCGGAGUGUGCUGCAGUCUAUACGGAUCCCAGGGGUCCAAACUAUUUUGUGGGUCUUGAUGUUCAAUCUGCUGGUAAAGACCUGAUCUAUACAGUUCACAGCAAUACAAAGAUGAGGAACUUGAAGCACAAUUUAACCGAAUGUGGGUUUUCAAUGACUUCAUUCAGAAACAAGUACUGUGUUGGUGCCAAGCUUGAAGAUACCAUUUCCAUUGGAAAGAGACUGAAGUUUGUAAUGAAUGUUGGUCAAAUGGGAGGUCUUGAACAAGUUGCUUAUGGUGGGAGUUUUGGAGCUACUUUGAGAGGGAGGGACUACCCUGCUAGGAAGGAUAGUGCCAGCCUGAACAUGGCACUCUUAUCUCUUAACAAAGAGAUGGUAAUGAGUGGCAGUAUUCAGUCUGACUUCCGAUCUAGCCGAGGCACGAGAAUGUCUAUAAAUGCCAACUUAAACAGCCGGAAAAUGGGGCAGAUCUGUAUAAAAACAAGCAGCUCCGAACAUAUGGAGAUAGCUUUGGUUGCCUUCUUCUCAAUUUUCAGGGCGCUGUUGCGGAGAAGAGCAGCUGAUGGUCCAAGCAUUGAAGCAUCUGGAAAGGAAUAAUCUGUUUUGCAUUUUUAUCCUAUUAAAUAUUUUUAUUUUAAAGAGCAAACUUGUUUGACAGGGAUAUCCAUAUCCAGAGUUAAUAGAUGGGGCUCUUUUCCAGUAAGAAAGGAAAUUUAUAAAUGAGUUUCAGGGAGGCUGAUUACUAGAAGCCCAUUCGGGAAGUGUGGCAAAGGGAGCCUGUGGUCAACAUCUAGCCCUUGGCAUUUUCAGGUUCUAACCUAUCAUUCGAUCGAUGGGCCUAAUAUGGCAAUUACUCAGGGCAUCAGGCUGAGGCGGUCUCGACUUAGUAAAUUGAGCUGAGAAUUGUACAGUUAGUCAUGGGAGGUGAGUUUAUUUUCUGUAACUAUUGGAAUUACUCCAAACAGAAGAGGUAACAAAGAAUUUUCCCCCCCUUCUCAAUUUUAUUCAAAUGCUACUGAGUUUGAUUUUGUUGCCCUAUGUGGAAAUAAAGUAUUCCAAUCCUUUGAAAUUA